UAGCGAGCGAGCGAAGUCGGUCACGGCGGUCACGGGUGUGUGGAUCACUUGGCGGCGAAUCUACUGUUCUUGUGGCGCAUUUGGGAGCUCCCGUGCUCUUGGCGUUCGCGUGGUAGGCAUUUUGCAAAGCAUUGGCUUACAGAUAGGGCCAGGGCGAAGAUCUCUGUGGAUUUCCUGAUCGGUGCGAUGGAGUGCUUGUGCUGCGAUACUCGGCCGAUGCAACAGCUUCCUGUCCGAGCGCCAAGAUCGAGGGCAUUUCUUGGUCCAGAGCUAAAAUCCAAGCUUCCAAGGCUGCGGAGGAGAAAUUUUCACGUAGAAGGUCGAGAGGUAUGUCUAGAUAGCCAGCAACAACAGGGGAUGAGGAAUUUUCACGUAGAGCGUCGAGACGUCGGUGAAGGAAGUCGCGAGGAAUUGUGGAUGAUGGAUUGGAAGCCGGGAGUGGUGACAGCCGCAGUGGUUUUCUCGCUCUCCUUGCCUAGUUCGUCUCCCUCGGCGCUGGAGAUCGACCGGGUGUCUCCAGCCAAGCAAGCAGAGGUAGCACGGGAUUUAGUGUUGGAUGGAGCGAGGAAUUUGGAUCGUUCUUUGGAGGUAUCAGUAGCGCUCAAUGCUCCGGAAGUCUCGAUCGUCCCAGUGACGAACAAGGUUGUACAAGCAGUGGCGAGGCCCAAGGCGGUGCCGGUCAUAAACCCGGUGGUGGUGUCAUCCAGCUCCAGGCUUCUUGCGAGGAUAUUGCAGCACUUUGGUGGCGGCGGUGUUGCCGGGGCGAUUGGAGCGGCCUUGGUGUAUCCGCUCGACACGAUAAAAACUCGCAUGCAAGCACAGAACAAUGACGAAGAAUGUAAAUACAAGAACGAGAUAGAUUGCUUUAGAAAACUCGUAGCUGACGAGGGAAUGGGGUCACUGUACAGCGGAUUGCUGCCCCAGCUCGUUGGAAUAGCUCCGGAGAAGGCUGUAAAGCUGACAGUAAACGAGCUCCUGCUAGAGCUGCUGGAGCACGUAAUGCCUGGCACUGGACUGUGGUUUCUCGAGCUCAUUGCCGGGAGCGGUGGAGGCUUCUCUCAGGUGGUCUUCACAAACCCGAUGGAGAUCGUCAAAGUCCGGCUCCAAACCCAGACAACGUCCAACAAGCGUGGUUUCUGCGAAGUAAUCAAGGAGCUGGGCUUCCGGGGGCUGUACCACGGCGCAGGGGUGACGCUGGCCAGAGACAUCCCAAGCUCGGGCAUUUUCUUCGCGUGCUACGCUAUCCUCUGCCAGCUCUACCCGGACCAAGGAUUUGCCGACGGAUUCCUAGCAGCCAUUCCUGCGACAGUUCUCUCCACUCCAAUGGACGUCGUCAAGACGAGGCUACAAGUAAGUCCACAAACUUCGCCAUACCCGAUCUUCCCGCUAACAAAAUGUUCUUCUUAUAGAUGGAACUUCCCGACGGCCAGAUCCCGCACGAGAACGCGCUGGCUUGCCUCAAGAGCGUAUGGGUGGCAGAGGGUCCAAGAGCGCUGUUCAAAGGGAGCCUCGCGCGUGUGCUGCGAACGAGUCCACAGUUCGGCGUCACGCUGGUGGUGUAUAACUUCAUCUGCGGCAGCGGAUCUUAGGCAGCAGAGGAAAAGAUAAGUACGCGCACAAACAAUCAAGCGAGUGAGGAGGAGGAGAAGCAAAGUCAAAGCCAGGAAGGAGAGACUUUACUCCCACCUAAAAAACUUUCGGCUGUAAAUACGAGGCAGGCAGGCACAGGCCCAGGCAGAGAAGAGAAGAAAUCAAGGCAGAGGGAACCAGCGGUUACAUUAGAGCAGGCAAAGAAAAUCUCGCGGGUCUUUGAUAACUUCAAGGCAAGGCAACAGCGAUGGAUUGGGGGGAAAGAAGCAGAAGGUUCCUUCCUCGCUCUUCGCCCGAUCAGAUCAGAUUGAUUGAAUAGAAAUCAUCGUUACCGACGCU